GCAGCAUUGCACUUUCAUUUUUACUCCGUUCCCUCUCUUCCAAAAUCCCUCGCUCGUCCUCCACUUUCUCUCCCUAAAAUCUCAGGGAAAGGAGGAGAAUCACUCAGAAGCAGACGAAGAAAGAGGAGGACGAGGACGAUUGUGCUGUCAGCUCUGCGAUCUGCGAAUCGAAGUGGAAGAGACAGAUCGGAAAGGAAUCGAUCGCCGAUGGAGGAGAGCCGAUAUGCGGUGUUGAUGUGCGCGGAGGAAUCAGAGUAUGUGAGGAAGAGGUACGGUGGGUAUUAUGGAGUAUUUGUGAGAAUGCUGGCCGAGGAGGGGGAGAGGUGGGACGUGUACAGGGUGGCGCGUGGGGAGUACCCGUCGGAUGAGGAGGUGGAGCUGUACGACGGAUUUGUGAUCACCGGAAGUUGCAAUGACGCACAUGGGAACGACGCCUGGGUGAGAGAGCUACUGACAUUCCUUAAGAAAUUGGAUUCCAUGAGAAAGAAAGUUCUCGGCGUUUGCUUCGGCCACCAGAUACUUGGCCGAGCAUUAGGAGGGAAGGUGACUCGAUCUCCCACAGGUUGGGACAUCGGUCUCAGAACGGUGACGUUUUCAUCGUUUUCAUCGCUGGCCCUGUCUUCUCUCAAGCUCCCUUCAAGGCUCUCCAUAAUCGAAUGCCAUCGCGACGAGGUGAGAGAGCUGCCAGCAAAGGCCGAGGUGAUUGCGUGGUCAGAGAAAACAGGAAUUGAGAUGUUUAGGUAUGGAGAUCACAUCAUGGGGAUUCAAGGCCACCCUGAGUACACCAAAGACAUUCUUCUUCACCUCAUCGAUCGACUCAUCCAACGCAAUUUCAUCAUGGAAGCUUAUGCGGCUGAGGCAGUGGCGAAACUGGCUUUGAGUGAGCCGGAUAAGGAGGCAUGGAGAAGACUGUGCACCAGCUUUCUCAAGGGUAGGUUAUGACAAUGCAGUGAGACAGAGAGAGGGGUUUUGUAUUGAAAGAAGUUGGUUUUAGGACGAAAAGAGAGUGGAGGAAUAAGAAAGGAAUGGGGAAAGAAGAGGGUUAUGUGUAAGGGUUGACUCCAUUUUUCUUCUCAU